UUUUUUUUUAUUUACAAUAGAUCAACUCAUCCUUCUAUUUUCUGUCUCUUUUCUUUCUUCUCCUUUCCAUCUUCCCAAACGGUCCCUUCAAAUGGUUGAGAGCUAUGGCUAACUUCGUUCUUAUUUGAUCAUCUGUUUCCUUUCUUCUUAGACCUCUUAACAAAUUUUUUUCUUGGUUUUCUUUUCUGGGUUUAUCCUGGAUUUUGGUGACAAUGAGUCUGCAAAAUCUAAAAAAUGAUUUUAACUGCUAUUCUGGCGUGGUUCAAGAGAUGAAAUUUUUAGCUCCUCCUGCUAUUUUUCCUCAUUCUACAGAGAGAGAUACAACACUAUCUCAUAUGGGGUUUCAGAUUUCAAGCUCUUUAAUGGAACAAAGCAAUAAAUGUUUGACAUUUGAGCCAUUAGAAAGCAGGGUCACUACGAGAGCUGUUGCUUCUGAUGGAAAAGAUGGAUUUUUGGAUGUUGAAAAAAAGGUACUGUCUUUGAAUUUUGGUGGUGAAGAGGAACGUAAUAAGAACUCCUGUUGUACUGGUGGUAGCAAAAAUGGACACACUAAGCUUUGUGCUAGAGGUCAUUGGAGAGAAGCUGAAGAUGCUAAGCUAAAGGAGCUUGUAGCCCAACAUGGUCCUCAAAAUUGGAAUUUGAUAGCUGAACAUCUUGAGGGAAGAUCAGGGAAGAGUUGUAGAUUAAGAUGGUUUAACCAGCUAGAUCCAAGAAUUAACAAGAAAGCUUUUACUGAGGAAGAAGAGGAGAGGCUCUUAGCUGCUCAUAGAUUGUAUGGUAACAAAUGGGCAAUGAUUGCUAGACUGUUUCCUGGCAGGACUGAUAAUGCAGUAAAGAACCAUUGGCAUGUGAUCAUGGCUAGGAAACAUAGAGAGGAAUCAAGCAUUUAUAGAAGGAGAAAGCCUUCUUCUUCUGCCACUCAGGCAGGAUUAGAUGUGACUGUUCAAAACAAUGCCUGCAGUGAUCAAUCAACCAUUUCUAGCAACAUAGAUGAAUCUGCCUCUACUUGCACUGAUCUAUCCCUCACUCCUUUAUCAGCUAAAGUACCCCCUGGAUUUUUCAGCAGUUUUAGUCCAGUUCACCAAAUGGGUUCAGUAGGUGAAAAAGUUGUGACCAGGGGAAAUGGGGAUUUUGACAAGUUUUUUGGCACCGGUAAUGUAUUUUACCAGCAAGGACCAAUGGGAGUGGUUACGGGUGUGGACGAAUCUGCUCAAUCGUCAGAUUCGAACUCAGAAGUUUCAGCAACCGAGUCAGUGGCCACAAAUAGGACCAACCACUCCAUGUCUGGGGAAAGUGCAAAUGGAAAUCAGAAGAUCAACAUGCCCUUCAUUGAUUUCCUUGGAGUAGGAGCUUCUUAAAGACGAUUUGGGGGAGGGGGGUUGUUUUUGGUUAAAACUAAAGAGACUCAGCUGAAAACAGAAGAAACAAGAGCAAAACUUUUGUUGGGCAAAAUUAGCCAUGUGAAAGCUCUAUCCAAUGGGCAAAAAUGUGAUCUUCUGCAGUCAUCAUCUCUAUGGUCUUGUAUGUACAGUUUACUUCCAUAAAUGAAAAAAAAACCAUAGUUUUUUUUUUAAAUGAAAAAAAACGACGAGAGAGAAAGAGAGAGUUCUAAGCAGUUAUGAGUUUAACAAUACAAUCAACUCAAUUGAAUGAAUCUGCCCAUCUUUCAUGACUUCUCACAACCGUGUUUAUCUUUGAUUUGAUUUCUUUGACUUACACUCUCCAAUUCUCCUACCAAUUAAUACCAUGAAUUUUAUUUUCUUUCUUUUCGUUUCUUUUCUUUUCCCUUUAGCCAGUCAAUUUCCUGUCUGAGACAAGGCUAAGCCAGGACCACUCUGAUGAAAUAUCAACAAAAUUUCAUGGUUACAUCAAAUGGGGUCUACAAAUCUUGCAUCAGUCUCCAAAGUUUCCAUAAUUUAAAUCUUCCUGGUUGUUAAAUGGUCAAUUAUAAAAAUGUUAUAUAUAAUUUUAUAAAGGUUGAAUUCCUUAAUCUAUCAAUAAUAAAUUUGAAAAUAAGUGGUCAGGGAAUAGCCUAAUGUUUUU